AAACAUUUCCAAAAUUAUUAUUACCAUUCCUAUCUCUGAGAAGUGAGAACCCAUCGAAUACAUCUCACUCAUCACACCUUAACCACCAAGUAUAAUCUGAAUGGCAAGCCCUUCACACUCACAGCACACCAACUAUAAUCUGAUGACUCCGCAACACUCGCCGUGGAGUUCUCCGGUGCCCUACUUGUUCGGCGGAUUGGCGGCUAUGCUUGGCUUAAUUGCUUUUGCUCUAUUGGUCCUGGCUUGUUCAUACUGGAAGCUGUCCGGGUACUUAGAGGGCGGAGAGGGAAGCGGUGGAGGAGAGCUAGAUUUGGAGGCCGGAGAGGGAGGUAAGGGUGACGAUGUCCAGAAUCUACCGGCGGUGAUGGAGGAGAAGAUAUUGGUGAUUAUGGCGGGCCAAGUGCAGCCAACUUACUUGGCUACGCCAGUGUUGAGUAUAACGUCGUAGUUUCGCGAUCGGAGUGAGAAGAGCUGGUUUUGCGAUGAAAAACUGGUUAAGCGGAAGGGUGAUGUUCAGGUACGGAUGGGGAAUAAAUUAAAAUCUUUCCCUUCUUUUUCUUUUUUCCUGUCUUUCUAGAUGGAUUCUUGGGAUAGCGCAGGGAGGGGUCUGCCAUCUGUGUACAAUGAAUUAUGCAUCAAUAUAUGGAAGAGUACAAUUAGAUGAAUUAAAUUACAGGAUACUCUGUUUUUCGCUUCUGAGAAUACAGAGAGAGCAGAGUCGAAGGUAAGGGAAAGAGCAUGUGUAAUACCAUGGUCUUUGCAGUGAAGACUUCUUCUGAGGUCACGCCAUUGUCUACAUUGAAGUCAAUCCUGGUCCAAUCUCUUGUAGCACAGACUUGUUACAUCAUUAGUGAGUCAUUUCUUGCACAUUAAAAACAGAUAGCAUUAAAUGUAGUUG